CAAAGGAUUUAAUGUAGAAUCUUAAUGGAUUUUUUAAACUGUGAACGAUUGAAAUUAUUGAAUUUUAUUUAAGGAGAUAUUACGUGCCAUGGAAGGAUAACAUUUCAGAAUAAUUUUGGAUUUAUUAACAAAAAAUGCUUCGCAUGAAAGACCUAAGUCCGGCAGUGAGUGUAGAACCGCGCCCCGGCGCCGCCGGUGGCUCUAUUGCGCUAUCGCCAAGCACAAUAAGUUUUACUUCAUUUUUUGACGGAUUAAGAAAUAUCCGGGAAAGUGUUGUUUCUGUGGAAAAGAAGGAGACAUCUUGGAUAGAGAGAACAUUUUACAAGAGAGAAUGCAUUACAUUUAUAGCUGACCCAGAAGACCAGGACAGAUGCUGUUGUGGUCGCUCCGCCCUCAGGCAUGGAGAGGACUUAACAGAGGAAGCGCCCUCCAGUAGGCAAUGGUUGCCUGGUCUACACACGACACCCGCACCCACUGAUGCAUUUGGAACCAUUGAGUUCCAAAGUGCAGGAUUCCCCAUAAAAGCACAGUAUGUGCGAAUGUCAACACUGGACACAAAAACAGAAAACGUUUUGCAACUUCUGCAGAAACAGUGGGGUCUAGACCUACCCAAGCUCAUUAUAACCGUGCAUGGUGGUAUUGCUAAUUUUGAUCUCUCGCCAAAAAUGAAACGUUCCUUCCGGAAAGGGGUAGCAAAGUUUGCCAAGACAACAGGUGCAUGGAUUUUUACCACUGGAAUUCGGACAGGUGUAACUAGACAUGUUGGAGCAGCUGUCGGCGAAAGGCGAUCCAAACAGGCCAGACGGAAAUUGGUUACCAUUGGGGUUGCACCUUGGGGAGUUAUUGCAAACAAGGAACAUCUUGUUGGAAAAAAUAUCAUUUGUCAAUCUCAUCACGUGAUUGCAUCUUCUGGCCAAUCAGCACUCGACAGCAAUCAUUCUUACUUCCUGUUGGCAGAUAAUGGGACAGUCGGGGAAUUUGGGGCAGAAGUCAUCUUUCGUAGGAGAAUCGAGCGAUAUUUAAAUCAACAAAAAUCAUCAAAAGGGAUCAACAUUCCCAUGGUUUGUGUGGUGCUGGAAGGGGGGAUGAACACGAUUAGGGCGGUGUUAGAAUAUGUCACAGACACGCCUCCUAUUCCUGUGGUUGUUUGCGCAGGAAGUGGGCGUGCCGCAGAUCUUAUCUCAUUUGCAUAUCAAAAUACAAAGAAAGAGGGAAAACUUCCUGAUAACCUAAAGCUAGUCUUAAAGGACGCAAUACAAGACAUGUUCACAUGCACCGAGGACCAAGCCAAAGAACUCUAUCUAGAAAUCUUACUGUGUGUACAGAAAAGAAACCUGAUUACCAUAGUGAAUCUUGCCGAUGAAAAUCAGGAACUAGACCUCUGUAUUUUGACUUCCCUAUUGAAAGGUACCUGUAGCACUAUUGCAGAAAAAUUGCGACUGGCAUUGAUGUGGGACCGAGUAGACCUCGCCCAGGAUCAUAUCUUAGAUGCAGAAAAAGCAAGAACGGAUGAGUCCUUGGAGGAAGUUUUGAUGGAGGCUUUGAUAAGUGACAAGGUGGACUUUGUUAAACUACUUCUGGAGAAUGGUGUCAGUGUACAUUCUUUUCUAACAGCCAACAGAUUAGAAGAUCUCUAUAACGUGACACAGUGCCAGUUUAACCCAGUUCGUUAUUUCAUAAAAGGUUUGCGAAAGAACUUAUAUCCUAACUAUCGCUUCACGCUGCCAGAUAUUGGUCUGUUAAUGGACAGCUUAAUGGGUGGAGCAUUCAAGUCAAUCUAUUCUGACAAGGACUUCCGACAAAAAUAUGCUGCAUUCAAGAGACUUAGUUCUACCGGAAGUAAGAGGGAUAUGAUGAGCGAAUCUUCCCUGAAGUGUGACGUCAGAAAGUCAAGGCUAUUUCGGUAUCCGUUUCACGACCUCAUGUUCUGGGCAGUGUUAAUGAACAGACAAAAGAUGGCGAUGUAUAUGUGGCAGCAGGGUGAUGAAGCAAUGGCCAAGGCUUUAGUUGCUUCCAAGUUGUACCAAAAAAUGGCCCAGGAAGCAGACGCGGAUGAAAUGAAGAGCGGGGUGUCGGGCCAGCUAAUGGACCAUGCAGAAGAAUUCAUGAAGGUAGCGAUAGAAUUUUUGGACCACUGCUAUCACUACAAUGUAGACUGCACACAGAAACUCCUGACAGAAGACCUGAACCAUUUUUCGAACACAACCUGUAUAACUUUGGCAGUUGACAUUAGACACUAUGAUUUUGUGGCUCACAACUGUUGUCAGAACCUUAUAAACGACAUCUGGAUGGGCGGCCUCCAAACAAGAAAAAACAGCAGCAUUAAAGUCAUUGCUGGAGUUUUGUUUCCACCGUUACUUACUAUGCUGGAUUACAAGUCAAAGAAAGAGAUGAAGCUCAUGCCACAAACAGCAGAAGAACAUUUAAAAGAAACGAUAGAAGAUGAUAGCGAUGACAACGACGAGAAUGACAAUGACGAUCUGGAUGAUGAUAGCAUUCAGCAGGAAACUUCCAUGCAGACUCUUCCAACAUCGAACUCUCUACCGAAGUUAGGUGAUGCUUUGAAAACCAGUAACAGGCCUCCUAUGAUCAGAUCUGCAAGUAUGCAUUUUGAAAACCAGAGAAGGAUAAGUCGUCAGGAUCUGAAGACAUUACAGAAGAUUGCAAACAAGAACAAGGAAUGUAACAUCCUUCCCCACUUAAAGAAACCACUUAAACUUAGAAAAAUGAUUCACAAGUUCUACACGGCACCUAUUACAAAGUUCUGGUUCUAUCUGAUAACUUACAUUGCUUUCCUGGUGGCCUUCAGUUACACCAUUUUGGUCAGAACUUUGCCCAGCCCAGCAUGGCCUGAAAUUUUUGUCAUGAUCUAUUUACUAUCAUUCACUGCUGAAAAAUGUCGGGAGCUGUUUAUCUUAGUACCUGGUCCGUUGAAGAUAAAACUCCGAGUGUUUGCUAGCUUCUACUGGAACAUCUGGGAUAUGGUAGCCGUGUUGUGGUUUGGUGUUGGGGUCGUCUUGAGAUUCAACCCUUCUACUUUGAGGGCCUCGCGAAUAGUUUACACACUAAACAUUGUCUUCUUUUACAUACGGAUUCUGGGAAUUCUGUCAAUUAACAAAGCCCUUGGAGCCUACUCAAAAAUUAUUGGGAAACUGUUGAAGCACAUGUGUUACUUCUCCGUCAUUGUUUUCAUUGUUGUGGCCUGUUUUGGUGUCGUUAGACAAGCAGUACACUUCCAGAAUGAGGAAUGGUCUUGGUUCAUGGUUCGAUCCAUGUUUUUCUAUCCCUACUGGAUGAUUUAUGGAGAAAUUUUCAAAGAGGAAAUUGACACCUGUACUGACCCUGUGAAUCACCCUGACGGUUGUACCUAUGGAUCCUGGGUAUCUCCUCUAGCUAUGUUUGUUUUCCUCCUCGUUGUAUUCAUUCUUCUUGUUAACCUCCUCAUCGCAAGGUUCAAUGCCACGUGCAUUAAGUUUAUCCCUCGAGUUCGGGAGGUCUGGAAAUACCAGCGCUAUAACCUGAUCCGGAAGUAUAAACUGUGUUCACUUUUGCCCCCUCCACUAACUGUGAUCAGCUUGAUUUACCAGUUCUUUAAAUAUCUCGUCUGGAAAUGCCAGGGAAGGGAGGACUUCCAUGACAAUGGACUCAAAAUAUUCUUACCUGACAAUGAGAAAGAAAAACUUCACGGUUUUGAAACAGAGUGUCUUGAGGGAUACUUAAGACACAGAGAGCACAAGCUACAGACCUCCUCCAAUAAAAGAGUGUCUGCUAUCUGUGAGAGGGUGAAUCAGCUCUCAUCGAAGAUAGAUGAUAUAUCUUCACAAGAAAAAACUUUCAGAGAAUCCUUGCAAAUCGCCAAAAACGGGGUCAGUAAAUUAGAGGAGAUCUUCAUGAAGAAUCAAGAGGCUGUGACGUUGCUGAGUCGAAUACUUCCGGGCUUUCAAACGCAUGCGCAAACUAUUGACAACAAGAGUCAUUCGCGACAAUAAGAUCAAGGAAUUCUUUAUAUAAUAAAUGAGGAAGGGACAAUGUUUUCAUCCAAUUAGAACUUUUAGUUUGAUUUUUGCCUUUACUGGUUUGUUAAUUUGUUUUUGAUUUUUUUUUUUUGGUUGGGAGAUGGGGUUUCUUUUUGAUUGUUUUAUAUGUUUGUAUUUUUUGACACUAUUUUGUCAUAUGCCAAUUAUUUAAUCUUAUGUAAGUGCCAAAAUCAAAUUGUAGCUUGUUUGGAAUGCAUACGUAACGUAAUCACUAAAACAGUACAAGCUCACCCACUUAUGCAAAAAAUGUUUUUGUUUCUAUUUAAUUAUAAAGCAUUCAGCAUUGUAUUAUAGCUUAUGCAAUGAAAAUGUGGUGGUGAUUUUUUGGUGGCCAAGUGCCCAUAUGUACAUGACUUUGUACUGAAAAUUAAUCAAAGAUUCAACAAGAAAAACGUAUAAAUUAAGUGUCUAUAUA